AGCCAUAAAAUAUAAAACCCUAGCUUGGAGCAGUUGUAAAUUCUAAUAUCACUUGAGCAGCUGUGUAUCUCAUCUUUCCUCUACAGCAGCCAUGGUGAACGUUCCUAAGACCAAGAAGACUUACUGCAAGAACAAGGAUUGCCGAAAGCAUACCUUGCAUAAGGUGACUCAAUACAAGAAAGGAAAGGAUAGCUUGGCUGCACAAGGAAAGCGUCGUUAUGACAGGAAACAAUCUGGUUAUGGUGGUCAGACAAAGCCCGUCUUUCACAAGAAGGCAAAAACCACCAAGAAGAUUGUGCUAAGGUUGCAAUGCCAGGGUUGCAAGCAUGUCUCUCAACACCCAAUUAAGAGGUGCAAGCAUUUUGAAAUUGGUGGAGACAAGAAGGGCAAGGGAACUUCUCUUUUCUAAGCAUUUUCGUGUACUGUAGUUGCAGUUCUGACUAUUAUUAUCAUCACUUUAUUAGCAGACUUUUCAGUUUUGAAGUCUUUUUGAAUGACAAUGCAAGUUGCUAUGUUGGUUCUACAGAUGGUUAAAUGGAGAAUGUUUUCUUUUUCGAGUA